AUGACGUCUGUAAAUCUAGCACCCGAACAGGUGCACGCUCUAUUUGACAUUCUCACACAUUACGAGACCUACACCGAAAUUCAAGGUUUCAAGUCUCCAGAAGCAAUCACAGGCUACGGCUAUCCUUUUGCAAGAAAACUAGUUGAGCCACAGACUACACAGAGCGCCCCAUCAAGUACGGGAUGGAGAAGCUGGGCUGGAACUCCCUCAAACUCAAGACCUGGAACGCCCAAGGGUAAAGAUGGAAAGGACACGAAAGAGCCAACCAGCAGCAAAAAUGACGAUGACAACCAGCCCUCUACCGCACCUAUUCUCCAGGCGAUGCUAAAGAGGUUCAUCCUGAAGCUUCCUGGUAUCAAAGAUUUACCACGAGAAUUUUGGUCUGUUCGAGUGCAGGGCUUAUUGACACGACUGGGAGAAGCAGAGCUGUCCGAGAGCUACGACAAGGGCGCCGUGGGAACGAGAAAGGUGUUGGCCACGGGUUCAAGCGGUUUGCUUGAGAUGGUCAGUCGAGGAGUUCUGGGCGGUGUCAAGCGAACGCAUCCUUCAGACAAGUCUUUGGAUAAGAAGGACGGCAGCAAGGUUGAGUACGAUCGCACCAAGGCGACGGAUCUAGUCAAGGCUUGGGACGAUGUUGUCGAGGGGCUGGUCUAUGGAACUCUGGCAGAUGAAAUGUUUGAUCAUUUUAGCAAAACUCCCGAUGUCGAGAGUCAUUCUCCUGUCAUCGGUGCUGCGGCAGAGUACGCCAUCAUCCAUCUUGCCACUUUCAUACACCACAUCUUCGUCCUCUCCCCUGAAGGCCGAUAUCUCCUAAAGCUGCUCGAGAACAUCCACGGCCUCAUCCCCUACAAGAUGAUCAAGCAGACGCUACGGAUGGGCAAUGCCGCUGGUAUGAUCAACGGCAUGAUGCGCCUACUCCUUGCUAAGCUGAGCGUUACCAGCGUCACUAACUGGAUCGGCCUGACUGCCAACGCUGAUGAUGGUAUGAACCUGUUGCAGCGAAUUAUUUCUCUGGUGUUGUCGUGGGACGCUGGAGAGUUCCGCAAGAGCGCGGACAAGGUCGAAAAAGCCAAGGACCGGCCCAGCGAUGAGAUGCUUGAGGCGAUUCGUCAAUACGUUGCUAUGAGUCGUGAUGAGCACAAAACUGUCAGAAAUGCCAGCGAGGAGCACGCCCAGUCCAUCAUCACGGCUAUUUUUAAUGGAUCUAACCCGACACUGGCGACUCAACUCGAUGAUCAGAAGCACGCACAGUGUCUUGAGUAUUACUCCGCCCUUCUCUCGGUCCGUGACCGCGAGGGCAUAACGACAGCCUUCUGUCGCCAGCCACCCGAUCUAUUCACUGCAACAAUCAAGGAUUUAUUCGCGGCAUAUGAGCCCAUGAUCCGCACCGUGCAUUCGCAAAUAGAUCUUCGCGAGCAUAUGGAGUCGGCACAACUGUUCAUCGACGAGUUUAUAAAGACUAGCAAACCAAACGAGUCUGGCAGCUUGCCAACUGUCGAUGACUAUGUUGGCCUGUUCAUGAGAAACCGAGAGCUCAUGUACAGGUGGGUCCACGCAUUUGCGAAAUCGUGCCCUGAUGUCUGGAAGGAGAUGAAGAAUUGGACCCAAGAUGCUGUUCUCAAGUUCCGUCAAGAGCGGAAUCCUGUGAGCGUGGCCAAGGGUGAAGAUUCGGGAAAGACGAGGAAUGGUACGGCAAACAUGAGUGUCAUGGAUGAAAAGCUCAACAAGCUGUUCCAGUCUAUCCCUAAGAAGUCCCAGAAGGAUGUACUGAACGCUUUGGAUAACCAUGCUGCAUACCUUGCACAAGUCGAGGCUCUUUCCCUCUGCCGUCUCCAACGCCUCAUCGACUCUGACGACUCGGAACCUGGCAACAUGUCAGGUCCAGGCAUGUAUCUUUCGCGCUGGCAGAGUCUUCUCGAAGCCACGCCCAUCACACCGGCCACACCCAAGGGACCAGUCCGCCACGGAAAGGAUGUCAAGAAUGCCAUCACCAUGGGCAAGAUCGGUGUCGAAGGCACGGAAGAGGGGAGGGAGCAAACGCUCAAGGCGGCAAAGGAGGAGGCUGAGGAAGGGCCCGAAGCACCUAAUGUGGACGUUGUCGUCGGAGCAAUGGCGGACGGAUUUCGGAAGAUAUUGCAAGAGAAUUGA